CAACUUUAAUUCAAAAUUGAAACGAAGAAAAGAGAUUCGACUGAUGAAGAGCAUCGUGUUGCAUCGGCGCAUUUUAGCUCUUUUAGGUUGAGCCACGUACGGACUAGAGACUAGAGUUUUUGUGAUGAUUUUGCUCUUCUCAUGAUCAGUUAGUUCUCAUCUUGAUCCAUAUAUCAAAGAAGAAAAGGAUUAAAGAAAAGGGGUCUCACUUUUUGUAUGCGAGUCUGUUAGGGUUUUUCUUCUUCUUCCCCUUUCGUAUUUUUCCUCUCUCGAGCUCUCAGUUUCUUUGACUCUUUUUGCAAUGGACAUCAACAAAUCUAUCGGAGCCGGCGGAGAAACGGACAUCAACGAACCUAUUGGAGCCGGAGGAAGUCGUCGUCAAAACCGUCCUAAAACGCCAAAUCCUUUAAACGAUCCAAAUCGUAGGAAUGCGGCGAGAAAUGAAGCACAACAACAACGCCCACAAGAUCAACAAAAUCAAAGACAAGAAUUUGAUGGUAUUGCCUACGAGAUACUUAAAGAUUGGAGGCUUAUCGUAGACUUGUUAGGACCUAUAAUAGAGCAACGAGAAGCCAUUUGUUGGGCAAUUGUUCUAGCUCGUCUAAUUGAAGCCAUGUACAACAUUUGGAUUGGUGAUUCCAAGUGUUUCUUACGGAUCUCCGUUGAUGAUCUUGUCUCAAAGAUCAAGGCAGAGGAUGAUGAUAAAGAAAUUACAACGUUGAAUAGAUGUAUCAAAGUAAUUGAAUUGGAAGGGAUAAAGAAAGUUCCUACUACUUCCCAUGCAAAUCGAGACAAGAUAAAAACGAUCAAGUGGGUAAUUGAUACCAAUGAAGCUGCCGAUAGGAACUUUAUUCAGACAAAACUAGAGAUAUCUCCUGUGGGCAUCAUUAUUGACAUAGAUGAUGAAUUCUCCGCACUUCGUGAGGGAUUUUACAAAGUUAGAGAUGUGCCACGUACCGGCAAAACUGUAAGUAGGCACGCAUUGAUGAUCUUGGGCCGUGGACGAACUGUUGAGGGACAAGACUUUUUCAUUGUACAAAACUCAUGGGAAAAGACUUGGGGCGUGAAUGGGUAUGGGAGGCUUAUAAUAGAUGAUGGUAUGAGUUGUAUGGCAUUCUGGCCACGUCCAUAUCGAGAUUUUUGAUUCGUGCUGGAAGAAACAAGAAGCCUCAAGAGAGAGAAUGUGAAGGGCCAAAGUAGAACUGUUCAUUUUGAAAAAGCUUUAACUCAUAUUUCUGUUUCAAUGUAAAGCAACUGCAUUUUCCUUUCUUCUUUAUCCUACUAUAUCAAGUAACAACAGUUUUUGGGUUUAGAUGUAAAGCAACUUCAUUUUCCUUCUUUCUUUAUCCUACUCAAUCAUGUAAA